GGGUCUUCGCAGCAGUCGGAAACUCAACGGCACUGAACGGCACGGAAUGUAAGCUGGGCAGGGUAAAUCCUUUUGGCCGAAAACCCGAAAACCACAAAGGAGAUACGGAAGUUGGCUCAGACGACAACGACUACGACGACGUUGGCUCCAGCAGUCCUCCUCCAGUCCCGAUCGGCGGAACCUCUGGCUCAAGUGCUCUGGCUCUAAGUGCGAGUGCGAGUGCCAGGAAACCGAGAACCGGAGCGGAAAUUCACUGGACAGACACGGACCCGGACCCGGACACGGACACAGACUAGGAUACGGAUACGGAUGCGGAGUCGGAUGUCAAGUCCAAGUUCAGGCUGUGCCGUGCUCUCAACCAAGUUACUACCAAACUAAAUAAACCUAAUUUUGUCGUAUUUGUAUGCUGAACUUUCAACGUUCCGGCGGCAAUAGCACGUGAAGAUUUCGUAUCCACGGAGAGUAUAUUUACAAACAUAUUUUGUUAAAACCCCGCGCCGCGUUAGCAAACGAUUAACAUAAAUUUGCACUCAUCGGGCCAUCUGCGAAAGCUGUCAUCAUUCUGGAUUUUACAAACAACUUCCGACGGAAGGUCGGUCGGACAGCAGCUACCUGCCACUGGGGCCAAAUUGGAAAAUUGCUUUAACUUUUCCAACUUUUCGUCUAUUUCCGUAGGAGUUGGAUAUGUCAUUUCUGGCUACCUUGGACGCAAGUGCCUGGCAGGAACGGCUCAGUGGACAUGGGAGUCUAGGGCUAUCCGGCAGCAGUGCGGCGUACACAACGCAUUCCGGCGGACACACGGGCCGGAGCGGUCCGGCCACCGGGCACAGUGGGCACAGCGGUGGAUCGGCGGCCACCAUGCACCACCAAUCGCUGCAGUCCGACUUCCAGCCGCCGUACUUUCCGCCCCCCUUCCACCACUCCACGCAGAGUCCCCCCCAGCAACAGAUAUCCGUACCCGGCUACUUGCAGAACCACGGUGCCCUGGAGUAUUUAGGCACGGAUCCCUACGGCCAGCCCCUGUCCUCGCUGCACCACGCUCCUCUGCACCACUACAACCAGCUGGCGGGCCUGAGGUCCACGCAGGAUCAACUGGGGAUACACAGGACUCACAGGGAGGCGGAAUUGCAGGGACAUGUCACACAACUGUCCCAUGGAUUUCCGUAUACGGAUAGGAGAAGCGAUUACGGUAGUGCAAUAUCGGCAGGAGCAGCCCAUGGCACCAGACUGGGACACGAACACGAGUCCUUGGCCUUGCAUCAAGCCCUUCAGAAUGCUGUCGACGAUGUCCAAGCUCCUGCCCUAGACGAUAAUGUGGCUUUCAUGUCGGAUUUGCCGCUAAUAAAAAGCAUGAAGAGCGGAAAAGAAGCCGGGAACCUUGGAUCGGGUUCGCCCAGCGAGGUGUUCUGUGCGGUUCCCGGUCGCCUUAGCCUCCUCUCGAGCACCUCGAAAUACAAGGUCACCAUCGCCGAAGUGCAGCGUCGCCUGUCGCCCCCCGAGUGUCUGAACGCGUCCCUCCUGGGCGGAGUCCUUCGACGGGCCAAAAGCAAGAAUGGCGGACGCCUGCUGAGGGAGAAGCUGGAGAAGAUUGGCUUGAAUCUGCCGGCUGGUAGGCGAAAAGCUGCCAAUGUUACGCUUCUAACGUCCCUGGUGGAGGGGGAGGCCACUCACUUGGCCAAGGACUUUCACUUUGUGUGCGAAACCGAAUUUCCGGCCAGGCAGCUGGCGGAGUACAUUGUGCGCCAUCAAACGGAGCCCCAGGACUCGUACCGCCGGAAAGAACUCAUCCUUCAUUCCCAGCAGAUCACAAAAGAACUAAUGCAGAUCUUAAGUCAAGAUCGGACAACCCACUUCGGGACGAGAUCACAGCACCUGCUGGAGCCCUCGAUGCAGCGCCACCUGACACAUUUCUCUUUGAUUACCCACGGAUUCGGAUCGCCCGCCAUUAUGGCUGUUCUGCACGCUUUCCAGACAUUUUUGAACGAAUCAUUAAACUACUUGGAAAAGCUAUAUCCCUCCAAUGGUGGCGGGAUGGUGUCGUCGUCGUUGGACAAAAGCAAAAUUGACAACGAAAAAAAAUGAUAGGCUAUGUUGUAUAUUGCCACAGAUAAGAGCAAGCCGUAGUUUAAGGUUAACUUUCCAUACACUAGGUACGACAUCGAUAAAGUAAUAAAAUUCCUGUAAAUUAAUUUAUUUAGUUAAGUGUAAAUUAUUGGACAUUUUGUAUAUCUAUAACUGUAAUUUGAAUGUAAAAAACAAAUUCAAAUAUAUUAAAUACGUAUAAUUUAUUUAACUUAGAAAAAUACAUCGACUUUUUGUCAAAAGCACAAAGCUUUUUACAACUAAUUCAAAAAAAAACAUAAAACAAAAACUCUUUACAAAUACAAUUAUUUGUAUGUAGAAACGAUUGAAAUGCUCUCAUUUUUAAUUUUUUAAGUAACUUACAAUUUAAAGAUUUUAAAAUUAUACAAAUGAAUAAAAUGUGUUUUUAAAACUAAAAAUA